AUGGAGAUAUCUGAGAUUCCAGUUGAAAAAAUUUUUAAGAGUAUCAUUCUUGAUUCUCUCAUGAAGGAUGAGUUCAUACGCAAGAGACAAAGUACAGAAAACUUUUUUAGUAGAAAUGAGUACUUGUUAACAGGUGCGGCGAUAGUUGCCGGUGCUGCUUUGGGUCCUUUAGCGGUUACUGGGUUAGUAGCAGCAUUAGGAUUUGGUGAAGCCGGUAUUGCUGCUGGAUCUAUUGCGGCAUGGAUGAUGUCAUUACAAGGUGGAACUGUCGCUGCGGGUAGCCUUGUGGCGACUUUACAAUCGGUUGGUGCAGCUGGUUUAGGUAUUGGGGGAGUUAUUACUGCUGUUACUGGAGGUUCUGUUGCUGCUUUAUGGAAUUUUGAUGGUUUUUAUGGUUUUGAUGCAAUUGCUAAAGCAAUACUAAUUAUAUCAGAAUCGAAUUCCGAAAAAUUUGCAAAAAUGGAAAAUUUUGUUUCCAUUAAUGAAAGUGAUGACUAUGAAAAUUUAAUAGAUGAUUGCAGCAUCAUAUUUUCAUUCCAACCGCUUCUCGAUAGUAAUGAGAAUGAAAAAUUAAAGUCCUUUCUUAGAGGUUUUGACUUGGCUCGGGAAGUUGCCAAUGACAGAGCAAAGAAAUUCGAAUUUUUGGUUAUUAGAGAUGAUGAAAGCUGUCGUGAAGGAAUCGAAAUUUCGCAUCAACACUUGAUUAAAAUCAACGGAAAUAAUUGUGUUACUUCGGAACCGAGAAGUUUCGUUCUGAAUUUGAAUAACCUUUGA